CGCUGGCUUUGAGCCAACAUGACAACAUUGCCAUCAUUAAAAUAAUUACACUCUAGCAAGUUGAAAUAGAAACAUGCAAUCAAAAUAAUUAUUCUGUAAAAUGAUUCGUUUUAUCCUGAAGAACCGCUGAUUGAAUUAUCAUAGCAAGAUGCACGAUGUCACAAAGAACCUGUCACAAAUGUGUCAUGUUGGCAGCAUGUGUAGGCGGAGCGGACACAUCGCACCGCAGUAAAAUUGAAUCAGCAACGGUCAUCGUGCCUAUUGUGCCGGUUAGUCCCGUGCAGCCCUUGCGUUAAAUUUAACCAUUUCUCUGGAUCUGAGAUUAAGGAGUGAGUUCGAACAUGGGCGAACUGUUGCCGGAACACACGAGCAUCGCGCCGCCUUCAUUCGAGGAGCGUAGGUUCAUCAGAUACCUGGGCUUCCUGCCGGCCGCAGCCGGGCCUACUGGAUCAGCAGGUUAUAUCGCCUGGGAGCAGGAGAUUGCCGAAGGCGGCGACGACGGACGUCAGCCGUGGUUCGGCACGGGGUCCGAUGAUGAGGCCCAGGGCGCAUUUGACUGGCGAGGCCCGCCGUGUCCAGCCGAGGACAAGGACGUCGUGGUGGCGGCGUCGCAAAGUGAGGACGACGAGGAUGUGGACGUCAUUGCGCGGCGCUGGCCCGGCCUGUGUCGGGGUAAGUUUGGAUUUGCAACAACUGCACUCACCGACGGGCGUGUCUGCCUGAUAAAGCAUUUCACGCGAAUUCAGUGCGCAUUUGGCACAAUUAAUGCGCCACCAACUGUCUCAGUAAUAGCAUCCAGGUAG